AGGAGUAUUUUAAAUUCAAAUACAUAUGAGGGGUCCUGCAGGAUCUUGCAUUCAGGUGCAGAGCCAAGUCCAGACAUCACAAUCUACAAAUCACAAAAGGACCUGGCAUCUUGUGUUAGGAAGGGGGAGGUUGGGCAUCUGCAGUGGCCGAAACAAAGAAACUGAAUCUACCAUUACAAUUACCCCUUUUGAUUAUUCAUUAAUCACUGACAGUAAAAAAAAUAAGAAUAAAAUAAAAUAAAGUAUAUAGUCACAACUUAAUUAUCCGACACAUCAAUUCACAUGGAUUUUAAAAUGUUUCAUCAUGGCAGUUGUUUAGAAGAGGAAGGAACAAAAGAAAGAAAAGAACAAAAGCAAAAACAUUAUUAACAUUAUUUACAAAAUGUCAUCAUCAGAGGCAUAAUCUGAGCUGGAGUAAUGAUGAGGAUCAGAAAUGUGAAGUGAGGUUGGAUUUUGAUUGUCAUUGUUAAGCAGGUGAAGGUUGUGUUUUGUCCUUCUGUCAGAGUGACGGUCUUGGCAGGUUUGCAGGUGUUGGCCUCUGUCAGCAUCGUCCAACAUAAUAGGAUCAGGAGGUGCAUGGUGUAGUCUAUUGGGAGAGGGUUUACGUUGUUAAUCCUGACAUCUAGUUGGUGGUUGUUGAAUUUAUGGAGUUAUUCCUUGUGUCGUACUCUCUUUGCGCUCGUUCGUCCUCACGUUGUCCGUCUCCACGUCGUCCGUCCUUGCGUCGUUCAGGUUAACAGCUGAAUUCCUCAGUUGGUUCAGAGACCUUCCUGCAGUGGUUGUCGUGUACCCACGUUUCUCAUUCUUAUGUGCAUUAGAACAAUCGGCAGGGCCUUUGUCCAUGGCAGCCCCGUUUCCUCAUAGCACUUUGCUGGUUUUGAUUUCCAUUUUCUCAUUCGACCGCACCUCCACUGGCAGGGUGAUAUACACAAUGUCGUCUGAGGUCAAUGGCUAGAAAAUCACUGAUUUGGGUUAUUGCAGAAUUGAAAAGUGUGCACCUUUAUCGCUGCUCAGUUUAGUUGGUAUUCCCCAUCUGGGAAUGAUUUCUGUUAACAGAGCCUUUGCUACCAUUUGGCUGCUUUGGUGUCUUGCUGGGAAUGCUUCAACCCAUUUUGACCACAUGUCAACCAUCAACAAGCAGUAUUUCUUCCCUUCUGAUGGCGAAAGUUCUAUGAAAUCCAUCCUCAAAUGUUCGAAUGGUCGGUGGGUGUGCGGCGUUUGUGAUUGUUUGGGUUUUACCUGCGCUAUGUGUUGCACAAACCAUACAUGAUUGACAAAACUUCUGCGCAUGAACUGCAAAACCUUUGGUGAACCAGUGUUGAGUCAUGGUCCAAUCCAUGUGUCAGUUUUGCAAAGUGAGGAAAGAAAUGUUUGGGCAGGCAGGGUUUGUUAUCGGUCCCCGCCACACUUCUCCCCGCCACCCUCCUUCUGUGUGGCACCGCAGCGUAUCCACAACGUCUUUUCUUGUGGUGUAGCAAAGGACUGCAUUGCAUCACCAAAUGCAUAUCUAGAGUCGAUGUAGAUAGUCUUGUUGCUUGCCAGCUUGCAUGUCUCUGUCAAUGCUGUAAGUUCUGCUGCUUGUGCAGAAUACUGAGAGGGGAGUGAACCUGAGACAAGAGUUUCAUGAUUAGUUACAACAGCAAAUCCAACUCUGUUGCGACCGGUUUGUGAGUCACGGGAAGCGGAUCCAUCUACAAAAACAACCAAAUCAGGGUUAGUUAAUGGAGUUUCUUGUAGAUCCGGUCUUGGGGAGCAGACCUGUUGGAGGACAGCAACAGUUAUGUUCUUGUCCAUUGUCAGGUGUGGGAAAGAGAGUAGCAGGGUUUAAAACAUUGCAUCUUUUUACAGUGAUGUUAGUAAUGACAACAGGUUCACAGUCUUUGAUGAGGCCAACAUCAUACUUACUAACAGCCCACAGUGUCUUAAGGACCCCCUGUAGGGCUGUAAUAGCUGUUGCUUGUUCUUCGGACAAAAAGAAAAAAAAAUUAGGAGUGCUUUUAGGUAGCAGCUGGAUUGUUCUUUGAGUGUGCACAAUAGAUGGUAAACUCUUAGAGUAACACUGCAGUGUUGGUGAAAAAAAAAAAAAAUAGAUCGAUCAGAUGUUUCUUGCCAAUCGGCUGCGCGCUGACAUGAUUUUAUAAAAGGUCCCAAAUCUUCCCAAUUAUCUGAUGUGUGUUUUGCAAGUGUGAUGUGUGGGACUGAAUGGUCUAUGGUGUACACAUCACAUUUAGCUGGUGUGAGAGAGACACAUUUAUGUUGUGUCCAAUAAAUGUGUGUCAGUGUGAGUUUAUCGAAUCUCUCUCUCAACCAACCUUCCUCAUAUGGCUCAUCAGUUCCUGUUGACACAUGAGAGGUACAAUGCAGAUCCUCUGGUGUCAUGAAAUCUAUUGUAGCUGUUAAAAACUAUUUUUCUAGCUAAAGUAACAAGCUCAGAGGCAGUUGAUGGUUGCAGUUUCCAUUGAUAUGCAUAUUGUAGGUCUGGGAUGUGGUGAACAAAAGAGUGGGAAAAAUUUGGCUCCAAAUCAGAUAGUCUGUGAACUUUGACACCUUCUGGGGUUGAGAUCAGACAAAGGCCUAAUUUGCACAUCAAGUCCCUGCCCAUUUGGUUAAUGGGACAGACUUUUGAGAGCAAGAAUGCAUGUUUGAAGCUACAGCUACAGAUACUCAUGUGCAAAGAUCUGUCUCGUCAAUGUCUACCCAAAAAGACAACGGGAAAAGAGACUUAGAGCUUAUGCGAUUCUAGACGAUCAAAGCAUUAAAUCUCUGGCCCGGUCUUCUUUCUUCGACAUCUUUGGCAUCUCCAAGAACUCUUCCCCAUACUCUCAAGACUUGUGCAGGAGUGUCUGAGGUGACUGGGAGAAGACGGACGAUUUCAUUGUGGAAUCAGCUGAUGGCCAAUCCAGUCUGUCCUUGCCCACACUUAUUGAGUGUGACAUGCUCUCAGACAACCAAAAUGAGAUCCCGACCCCUAAGGCCGCUCGCUACCAUCUUCACCUCAAGAACAUUACUGCAGAGAUCCCAGAGUUUGACCCCCAGGCAGAUAUACUACUGCUACUUGGGAGAGAUGUUAUUCAGGCCCACAAGGUGCCUGAUCAGCGAAACGGGCCUCCAAAUGCUCCAUUUGCACAGAGGUUAGCUCUGGGGUGGGUAAUAGUCGGUGACAUUUGUUUUGGUGGGGCUCACAAACCUGGGCAUGUAAAUGUUCUAAAGACAAACAUACUAGACAAUGGGCGACCAAGCUACUUUUUCACAUGCCAUAACAGCAUUCAGGUGAAGGAAAGCUUCAGUUCUCAAUCUCAUCACAAGACCAAGUCUUCUACUUCUGGCCACGGACACAGGCUAACUGAGAUUUACACCAUGGGAGAAACAAUCUUCCAAUCCACAAGUGCAGAUGAAAAACCUGCAUACUCAAUAGAACAGACCUUCUUGCAGAUAAUGGAGGACAUGUACCAGGGUGACACAAACAGCUGGGUGGCUCCACUACCUUUCCGCUCCCCAAGACCAUGUCUCCCGAACAACAAGCAGCAAGCCAACGGCUUGCCUCAGUUUGUCGGACACUGGAAAAGCAACCUGAAAUGAAACACUUUGUGGAUUUCAUGCAAAACAUAUUUGAUAACGGAUAUGCGGAACUAGCACCGCCACUGAAGGCAGAACAGGAAUGCUGGUACCUUCCAUUCUUGACUCCAGCGCGCAGCACCAAGGAAUAUCUUUAAAUGAUGUCCUUCUCACCGGCCCUAACCUCAACAACAGCCUGCUUGGUAUACUCCUACAGUUCCGUGAGGAACGAGUGGCAGUCACUGCUGAUAUCAAGCAGAUGUUUCAUUGUUUCUUGGUAUGAGAAGAUCACAGGAACUUCUUGUGCUUCCUUUGCCACCGGAACAAUGACAUGGAAGAAUCCAUAGUAGAGUACCGCAUGACUGUUCAUGUUUUCGAUAACAGCCCAUCACCUGCUGUGGCAAUUUAUGGGCUCAGGAAGGCAUCUCGAGAUCAAGAGGGGGACGACAGUAUGACAAGACACUUUGUGGAACGACAUUUCUAUGUCGAUGAUGCUUAUCUCAUUUGCAUCUGAUGGAGAGGCUAUUGCUGUUGUCAAGAAAGCCCAAGAGACGCUGGCUGCGUCCAAUUUAAAGUUGCACAAGAUCGCUUCUAACAGCAUCAGUGUCAUGAAAGCAUUUCCCAAGGAGGAGCUAGCAAAAGGUUUAAAGGACCUUGACCUUGGAGCAGACUUCACACUAUGCAACGAAGUCUGGGGAUAAGCUGGGAUGUUGCCACAGACGAGUUCACUUUCGAGGUGUCUGCUAUGGAAAAGCCUUACACUCACAGAGGUGCUUUGUCAACCAUAAGCAGUCUGUAUGACCCGCUUGGUUUCGCUGCCCCAGUUAGCAUCCAAGGGAGGGCUUUGCUAAGAGAGCUUACUAAUGAGACCUGCAAGUGGGGCAACCCACUCCCCGAAACAAAGGUUAAGGUGUGGCAUGAGUGGAAAGACUCCCUCAAGGAUCUGGAACAUGUCAGGAUCCCAAGAACAUACACUUCCAUCUCCCUCAACAGCUCCACAGACAGGGAGCUUUGCAUUUUCUGUGACGCCUCUACUCAAGCCAUUGCAGCUGUGGCCUACAUGAAAGUUACUGAUGCAGAGGGCAAGAGUGAACUUGGAUUUGUCUUUGGAAAAGCCAAGCUGACACCGCAGCCAGAGGCGACAAUUCCCAGGCUUGAACUCUGUGCAGCCAUUCUAGCUGUGGAAAUCGCAGACAUGCUCACAGACGAAAUAGAUGUCCAGUUUCAUUCUGUGCGGUUCUUUACCGACAGUAAGGUUGUCCUCGGGUACAUACGCAACAAAUCCAGAAGGUUCUACGUCUAUGUAAGUAACCGUGUGCAGAGAAUCAGAAAGUCAUCCCGACUAGAACAGUGGAACUAUGUUCCUAUGUUCACCAACCCGGCUGAUCAUGCGUCACGGUCAAUUCCAGCAAACACCUUGAUGUCCAGCACGUGGCUUAAAGGGCCAGAUUUCCUGUUGAAGCCAGAUAGGAACACUGAUGAUAGUGACACUUCCUUUGAUCUAGUCAACCCAGAGUCUGACCCGAAGAUCCGUCCUUUGGUGACAUCUUGUGUCACUAAGGUUGUGGAGUCUCCCUUGAAUCCAAGACGUUUUGAGUCAUUCUCAUCCUGGAGAUCGCUUGUAAGAACCAUAUCAAGGCUGAUCCACGUUGCUGGCUCAUUCAAGCGAGAGAAACAGCAAGUGCAGUUGUCAAGGUUGGCACGUAUGCAGAAGUCUUUGCCCAGAAGAUCUUGUCAAGGCUAAAGGUGUCAUCAUACAUAGUCUUCAAAGAGAAGCUUUCCCUGAAGUCUUUGCAAGCAUUCAACAGGGAAAGAGAUCCCUAAGCAGAGCCAGCUCAGACAGUUUUCUCCUUACCUGGAUGAGGCAGGUUGCCUCAGAGUGGGAGGGCGUUUGUCACAAGCUGACCUUGCAAGCGACGGAAGAAACCCUCUCAUUAUCCCUCGCCAUCACUAUGUAACAACUCUCCUAAUACGACACUACCACCAGCAAGUCCAUCAGGGACGCCACUUCACAGAGGGUGCAGUGAGGUCAGCUGGCUUAUGGGUCAUUGGUGGAAAGCAGUACAUCAGCGCCAUCAUCCACAGCUGUGUGACCUGCCGCAAGCUCAGAUGGAGACACAAAAGAUGGCCGACCUACCCACAGACUAAGUACUGACCCCCCAUUCUCUUAUGUUGGAGUGGAUGUAUUUGGGCCAUGGACAGUCACUUCUUGACGAACUCAGGGAGGCUGCACCAACAGCAAACAUUGGGCAGUCAUCUUCACCUGUAUGAGUGUCAGGGCCAUACACAUCGAAGUGAUUGAGUCGAUGGAGUCUUCAAGUUUCAUAAAUGCGCUCCGGCUCCUCUCCAUCCGCAGUCCAGUAAAACAGUUGAGGUCUGACGGUGGGACCAACUUCUGUGGCGCAUGCAAAUAGCUUGGCAUUGAUUUAAAGCACUGCAACAACCAGACAAUACAAGACUUCUUAAGUGACAACGGAUGCACUUGGGUGUUUAACCCACCCCAUGCCUUGCACAUGGGAGGUAGCUUGGAAUGCAUGAUUGGCGUGACAAGACGGAUACUUGUGUCAAUGCUUAUGAGCAUUACACCCUGACAGCUAACCCAUGAAGUGUUAGCCACCUUUUGGCAGAGGUUACGGCAAUUGUCACCUCACAACCUCUCAUCCUAGUAUCCACCGACCCAAGCUUUCCUCUCAUCCUGACACCAGCUACACUCUUAACUCAGAAAGUAGGAGUUCCCUCCAUACCUCCUGGUGACUUCGAUGAAAGUGACAUGUACAAACGCCAGUGGAGACAGGUGCAACAUCUCUCCAAUGUCUUCUGGCAUCGCUGGAAGAACCAGUAUCUCUCUACCCUUCAAGGCCGCAGGAAAUGGUAUUCUGAGACCAAAUCUGCAGGAGGGAGAUCUCGUAUUGUUGAAGGACAGCAAUGUAAAGCGCAACAACUGGCCCAUGGGCAUAGUGGUCAAAACCUUCCCGAGCCCUGAUGGGAAGGUGAGGAAAGUGGAAGUCAAGAUCGCCACUGGAGGUACAUGCAAGACAUUCUUGAGACCUAUCACGGACACUGUACUCCUCUUGCCAAACUCUGAUAAAAAGGACAAUGGACAGAAAACGUAAUUGUGACAUCUUACAGAUGCCAGGCGGGGAGUGUCCUGUCAGUCUCGCCAGCAGAGGGUGCUCUAGCUUUUCUAUGUUCUAUUUAUGUUAAAUAGCCAAUAAGAUUGUUUAGGUGAGUGAGAAGGCAAAUUAGUCACAUGUUCAGUUGUGAUCGUCGACAGAGUGAUCGAGACAGACGUGGUUUGACUUUGCAUCCAUCCCUCUUUGUUUGUCUUUGGAAAUCAUUACUUUUUUACUCGGUUGGCAUUUGAAGAUAACUUGUCAAUAAAGAAGACGAUUCAUCUGUCUGCUUAGCUGUGGCAGAAAACUCCGUUGCCAUAGUAACAGAUACAUCAACAGAGGCUGCAGCUGAAGUGACCCCUGACCCCGAACCAGUCCCCAGCUCCACCCCCACAGCUCCGUCCACCGUGCUUGAGGAGGAGGAGGAUGAGGAAGAGGAGGUGGAGGAGGAGUGCGUCAGCGCUCUGCAGCUCGUAGGAGACUAUGGCUGUGAGGAGGAGGAAGUCUUUUAGCUCCUGACUGACCUUUGACCUCCAGAGAAUCCGUCCAUCAGACUGAGGCAGCUCCGCUGAGGCAGAUCCGUGUUAGAGAUCAAUAAGUGAUCGGUGAUCAAUCAGAGUGUCAUCAUCGUUGAUAGAAAAGCAUCACUGCACUUUUAAUUUUGAUGCUUUUUUAUUUUAAUUUCUUCUUUGAUUGAUCACUGAUGAGUUAAUCAAAUUUGGAAGUGUCUCACGUUGUUUAUAAUGUACAGAAGUUUUUAGAUGUUUGUGUAUUUUUAUAUUCAUAUUAUGUUUUCAGCUGUUUGAAUGUUUCUAGUGUUAUUAUUGUUUUAUUGUGUAUUUGUUGUAAAUGAACGUUUGUUUGUUUGUUAUGAUGAAAUUUAAAAAGAGAAGAGAAAGUUAAUAAUAAUGAACUGAAACAACAUUCCAGAAUAAAACUGAUUAGAGAACAGA